AUGUUUGGGAUCCAGGAGAAUAUUCCGCGCGGGGGGACGACCAUGAAGGAGGAGCCGCUGGGCAGCGGCAUGAACCCGGUGCGCUCGUGGAUGCACACGGCGGGGGUGGUGGACGCCAACACGGCCGCCCAGAGCGGCGUGGGGCUGGCGCGGGCGCACUUCGAGAAGCAGCCGCCCUCCAACCUCCGGAAGUCCAAUUUCUUCCACUUCGUGCUGGCGCUCUACGACAGGCAGGGGCAGCCGGUGGAGAUCGAAAGGACCGCUUUUGUGGACUUUGUGGAGAAAGAGAAAGAGCCCAACAACGAGAAAACCAACAACGGCAUCCACUAUAAACUCCAGUUACUGUACAGCAACGGAGUCAGAACGGAGCAGGACCUGUAUGUUCGCCUCAUAGAUUCAAUGACCAAACAGGCCAUCGUGUACGAGGGCCAGGACAAGAACCCAGAGAUGUGUCGCGUGCUGCUGACCCACGAGAUAAUGUGCAGCCGGUGCUGUGACAAGAAAAGUUGUGGCAACAGAAAUGAAACGCCCUCAGACCCUGUAAUCAUUGACAGAUUCUUUCUAAAGUUUUUCCUCAAGUGCAAUCAGAACUGUUUGAAGAAUGCAGGCAACCCCCGGGACAUGCGGAGAUUCCAGGUUGUUGUGUCGACAACAGUCAACGUGGACGGCCACGUGCUGGCCGUGUCCGACAACAUGUUUGUGCACAACAACUCCAAACACGGGCGGCGGGCCCGCCGCCUAGACCCGUCAGAAGGUACGGCCCCUUCUUAUCUGGACAAUGCCACUCCGUGCAUCAAGGCCAUCAGCCCCAGUGAAGGCUGGACCACGGGGGGAGCCACCGUGAUCAUAAUCGGAGACAACUUCUUUGACGGCCUGCAAGUCGUGUUCGGAACCAUGUUGGUGUGGAGCGAGCUCAUCACUCCCCACGCCAUCCGGGUGCAGACCCCGCCACGGCACAUUCCUGGAGUCGUUGAAGUCACCCUGUCCUACAAGUCCAAGCAGUUCUGUAAAGGUGCUCCUGGGCGGUUUGUCUACACUGCCCUUAAUGAACCAACCAUAGAUUACGGCUUUCAGAGGUUGCAGAAAGUGAUCCCGAGACAUCCGGGUGAUCCCGAAAGGUUACCCAAGGAAGUAUUACUCAAGAGGGCGGCCGAUCUGGUGGAAGCCUUGUACGGGAUGCCCCACAACAACCAGGAGAUCAUCUUGAAGCGAGCAGCUGACAUCGCCGAGGCGUUGUACAGUGUGCCCCGCAACCACAACCAGAUCCCCACCCUGGGCAACACGCCUGCGCACACGGGCAUGAUGGGCGUGAACUCCUUCAGCAGCCAGCUCGCCGUCAACGUGUCAGAGACAUCGCAAGCCAACGACCAAGUCGGCUACAGUCGCAAUACAAGCAGCGUGUCCCCGCGAGGCUACGUCCCCAGCAGUACUCCCCAGCAGUCCAAUUACAACACAGUCAGCACUAGCAUGAAUGGAUAUGGAACUGGCGCCAUGGCCAAUCUAGGGGUCCCGGGCUCGCCUGGAUUCCUUAAUGGCUCCUCCGCUAACUCUCCCUACGGCAUAGUGCCGUCCAGCCCCACCAUGGCAGCCUCUUCGGUCACCCUCCCUUCAAACUGUAGCGGCACACACAGCAUUUUCUCAUUCUCACCUGCCAAUGUCAUCUCUGCAGUGAAACAAAAGAGCGCCUUCGCGCCCGUGGUCCGGCCCCAAGCUUCUCCUCCUCCCUCCUGCACCAGCGCCAACGGGAACGGACUGCAAGGCUCUCUGCUGGGUGCUGAGGACGUUACCGUGGAGAAGACAAACUGGCCCUUUUGUGAAGUCGGUGGCAUAUUUCACUUUGAUGAACUAAUGCUCAAAAAAGGAACUGGAAAGCUAUGUCUGGGCUGGUAGUCCCGCCCAUGUGAGCGGCCCGCUCUCCCUUCCGCAGCACCCAGCACCCAGCACCCAAGGACGGACUUCAGGGGACACGUUUAGUCCAGGAGAGCUGCGGCGGGAGCCAGUGUCUGCAAACGCAUCGGCCGCGGCGGAAACGCUACAAGAGACUUUGUUUAAAGAUUUUAUUUAAACUAUUAAGAAUCAACAUGCAAACAAGCCUACUUCUUCAUGAACAAUUCCAUUUUAUUGACUGAACUUUUCUCAUAUUUUCACAUUUCUCAGUCCUGAAGACUAAGGAGAACAAAGCGACGCCUAUUUUGUAUAAAGUUUCCGACUCCGUCUUGGCUAUGUCUAGUACUUGCUAUGUGUUGGGAGAAACUUUGUGAAUGCACCAUUUUGAUUAUCAUGAAACACUGAUGAGAAAUGCCUCCAGACAUUUUUCUGUACUCAUACUUAGACUCACAAUGGUUGUGUAUCUCUAUAAUGUGAAAUAUUUUUUUGUGGUGAAAAAAAAGGGGCCAAGGAGGUGUGAGCCAUCGAACUGGAAGAAAGGAGGACUAUGUGACUAGGAGAA